GCUGCCCCCUACAUCUAUGCCGCUUGGGCCCUCACGGCCAUUGCAGGCCUGGCAUUGCUAUUCAGGUUCGCGAUCAAGUCGUGGAUCCGAUGGGCCCUACCCCGGGUCAGCUCCCCAGACCGCCUCUGGGGCCUGGAAGACCUGUUCUAUGCCUUAGCCUAUAGUUUCGAUAUUUCCCAUAUUGUCUUUGUUCAACGAAGCUAUAACUCAGGACUCGGACGUCAUCUAUGGGUCUUGACCGAUGUUGAGCUCAACGCGACACUGAAGAACGAGUUCAUAUCUCAGCCCCUAGCGGUUCUUGCCUCGAUGCUCUCUCGAACUGGAAUGAUGUGUUUUCUGUACAGUUGUUUCAAUGGUGCUGAUAAACGGAUUCGGAUUUCUAUUAUCAUGUGUAUGUGCAUUCAGGUCAUCAUCAACAUGGUUACGGUAGUGCAGAUUAUUGUUCAGUGUGGGCCGCAUCCAUACCAUGCGGCCAACCGAGUGCACUAUUUUCACUACAUGUGGGAUGACCUCCCGGCGGACGGCUCUGUUGUUUGCGAGUCACCAAGUGUUCAAACAAUGGUCGGGUUUGUUCAAGGAGGGUUCAACUCCGGAAUUGACCUCUUUCUGACCGCGCUGUCAGCGGUACAGCUAUGGCGGUAUACGAUGCGAGCAACCGACCAUGGUCCUUCCCACAGCGACACAUUUUGCUCUCGGUUCAGAAAGAUUCCCCGGGGGUCACGGAAUCGGCGGUUGUGGCAAACCUGCGCUCUCAGCGGGCCCCUGCUAUUGUCCGGCAUCGCAUCAAUUAUAAAAACCUGGUUGCUUCAAGCCAUUGGGGAAAGAAAUGAUAUUACUCAUAAUAUUGUGCCAUUUGUUCUAUGGGUGAAAAUUGAGAACUACAGCAUUCUGCUUGCGACAUGUGCCCCCAUCAUUCGACUUUUGGUAUCGAAUAUGUCUAAUCACGAAUCUGGGGCCAAGAGUUAUCCCGGCUACGGCAAUCGUUCUGAUGGACAUGACCAGGGCCUAGAGUUAGACUUAGUGCCGCACGUACAGGACAAAGGGACGAUG